UCGAGAGGAAAGCGCGCCCGCAGACAGACGCGCCCCUAGUCAUCAAGACCGUCGCUACUGCUGUAUCUCCCCUGUUCAGGGACAGCCGGUCGAGGUUGCCUCACCUCGAGUCUCAUACAGGCUAACAAUUGGGAGCAUAGAGCAGACGCAGUUUGGAAGGAAAAGUUUCCUUUUCCUCAACCAGACAUUCUCGUACUCCUCUCUCCUUUGCCCUCGACGAGUCUCUGCCUCAACCCAUCAGGCACGCCAGCUGGUGCCAGCGCUCUCGCUUCGCUAUGGACGCCCACACCCUCAAUGCUUGGACACGAUUCGCCCUUCAAAAGGGGGGAAUUGGAUCGUGCACAGCUCUGGUGGACAACCCUGCCACAGAUCCUGAAGACCUCAUGUUUAUGACGGGCGAAAAGAUCAUCGUUCUUCGUCGGCUCGACAAUGACGACUUGGCCGCGUCCGCGGGGUCCAGUGGCAGGCGUAAGAGCACCCCUGAUGCUGACAGCUGCUUCUUAGGCUAUUGUGAGGGAGUGGUGGGGCGAUUCAAGGGGAGCCACGUGCAAAUCCAUGGGAAGCUCAAGAAGCCCGUCUUGAUGAGGAGAAGUGGUCAAGGGCAAAUUCGAGACUCUUCAACAAAGCUCCUUUCCCAACAAGCUGCUGCAUCCUUGCCUGCUUCCCAGGUUCCAGCUGGCAUACCUGUCACAGCCGUUGACUCAGAUGGUGAGGAGGGCCCACGCCGCAAAUCUGUAUCGCCAGCAGGACAAGUCAGCCCUGUCCCGGGCGCUACGAACGGCUCUCAGCCAAGCUAUCGCCCUAGCGCAACUCAGACCUCCCGACCUGCCGCCGAUGCCAACGAUUCAGACUCAGAUGAUUCGGACACGAUGCUACCAUGGGCGAGAAUGUCGAGCUCGGGAUCUAGCGACGGCGAAGGUGUGGGUCGGAAUCAGAGGACGACACUACAGACCUCUUUCUUGGCUCCAGGGUCAAACUUUUCCCCUCAGAGGCCAUCUCCCACGGACAGCCUGGCCAACAGCUCCUUCAGCCACGCCAGUAGCAUGACACAGUCGGCAAACAGUCAUCAAGCGAAGUCGCCUUCUCAGUCCACACUCUCCUCCUCGACCAGUGCCUCCGACGACGAUCACGCCGCGAGACGUGACCAGACCUUUUCCAUCUACGAUGUCUACGGCCGAGACUCGGUAGCCUUUCCCAAUUUCAAUCUGGUCGGCAAGGAUCUGGCAGAAGGCAUCAAUGGCCUUGGCUUGGACCCUUCUAUGGCGAAUACCCCAGUCAUGCCGGGUGGCUUCAAGGCGAGCCCUCGAGACCUUCGACCAGCAGCUGCCAAGAGACCUAAUGCUGCGCCUGACCCGCGGGCUCCUCCCCAUCAAGGAUCUCACGAUCCCCGCGUGAUGGCGUCCUUCCUUCGUCAACAGGUAGAAGCGUCGGCCACCAAUCGAUCCAACGAGCUCGCUCCCCCUGGCGCGAGAUCGGGUCACACGAUAUCGGCGCCUACCAGCCCAGCCGUCACGCAAGAUUCAAGGAUAGGUGGUUCCGGGAGUCCCAUUGGUUUUGAUCCCAAACGGCGCCCAUCCGGAAGAGUCAACGCGCCGCCUCAUCUGCCUCAGAUCAGAAUUCCAGGUGCGGCAACAGGCAAUCAGGUGCCCGGUCCUCUAUCCCCACACGGCCCACGACCAGCUCCAGGCCAGAUGGGACGCCCCAUCUCACCAGUGAGCGGGCCUCAAGGACCUCGCCCGGGUCCAGCUUCGGCUGCCGCGGGCCCUUACGUACCUUCCUAUCCUGCUUCGGGACCUCCUAUGGCAGCGCCGCCAACUCGCGGACCGAUGUCUGCUGUUUCUCCAACGGGCGCAUACUUCCCUCCGGGUGUACAACCCACGUCGCUGCCUGUACGGUCGACUUCUGAUCGCUCUUCGGAGAGGGAAAGAUCACUUGGUGGUCCAUUGCGGAAGAACACGAGCCCGAAUCCCGGCUAUGCCCCUAUGGGGCCCAGCUCUGGUGACACUGCCCACUCUUUCGGAUCAUCGUCCAACGGUCUGACUCCUGUGGCCCAGCAUGGACCUGGCCGUAGAAGCCCGAAUUCGCCGAAUGGUAGUAUCACUUCGCCCAUUGGCAACGGGGAGCGAGGUCCGGGUGGACAUGGCCCUGCUCCUAAUGGCAUGGCAGCGCAGCUUCGGGCUGGCAGUCCUGCACCCUCUACCCACUCUGGACGGAGCGGCGGUCCACGACGGCCAGAGGCCUACGAUGCAAAGGGCUUUGUCCUGGGCUCCGGAGUUCCUUGCAGGCCUCUUCCAGAAGACCGAGACACUCUGGAAAAGUGGCAAAGCAUCCUGGCCGAAGAUGACCUCGCAGCUGCCAGAAAGAGUCGCAAGGUCAAGAAGCUGGUGCAAGCAGGGAUCCCUAAUUCCAUCAGAGGCAAGGUCUGGCUCUUCCUUGCCAACGGUGGCGUGAGACGUCGACAGGGAUUGUUCGAACAGCUCUGCAGGACCAGUCAAGAAGCGAAGAAGGGCAGGAAGGGCAAAGAAGCGGCAUACGACGCAAUCGAGAAGGAUGUACCUAAUACCUUCCCCGACAACAAGGUCUUUCAGGAGGGGCAGCCUGGAAGAGCCGAUCUUGAGGCCAUCCUCAAGGCUUAUACCCAUUACAAUCCCAUCAUCGGAUACACACAGGGCAUGGAUCUCCUCGUGGGAAUCUUCCUGCUGCACAUGGCGCCAGAAGAUGCCUUUUGGCUGCUCUGCGCCCUUCUCAGGGACGUGCACUUGGAAGGCUACUAUUCCAAGGAGAUGAAGCAGCUGCACAUCGAUGGUGUCAUGUUUGGUCAGUUGCUACAUUCUUUGGAUGCCUCACUUGCGACGCACCUGCAGUCGAUGAAUCUGGAGCCAGUUCACUUUACGCCAAAGUGGUUCUUGCCACUGUACUGUCGUGUACUGCCGUGGCCGACGCUGCUGAGGGUCAUGGACAUGUUCUUCUACGAAGGUGAGCUUAUUGAUUCAGCAUGAAUGGUGGACUCAAUGACGGCAAAGCAGCUGACAUUUCUUUCGGCCCUUUUCCUCCCCCUAUCUCAGGCCCUACCUGG